UCUUUUCCCCUUCAUCCCUAUAUCAAAAGUCCCAAGCCCACCAUUUCACUCACUCCUGCCCCCAAAAAAUGGCUCCACAUUUCCCCUCCCUACACACCCUUUUCCUCAUCUUCGUAUCUUCUUUCCAACUCGCCAGGCCUUUCACAGUCAUCAUGUCGGAUUCAGGCGUGCCAUCCACCCUCAUCGACGGGCCUCAGACAGGGUUUUCAAUGAACAAGAAUGGGGCUCGGACCAACCCACGUGAGCAGGAGGCGGUUUAUGAUAUAAUGCGAGCCACGGGGAAUGAUUGGGCCACGAGCAUCCCAGACGUGUGCCGGGGGCGUUGGCAUGGUAUCGAGUGCAUGCCCGACAAAGAUAACGUCUACCACGUUGUCUCCCUGUCUUUCGGGGCGUUGUCGGAUGACACGGCUUUCCCUACUUGUGACCAGAAGAAGUCGUACAUUUCAGAGUCCAUUACCAAGCUUCCUCAUAUCAGGACAUUAUUUUUAUACCGUUGUUUCAGUUACAAUCCUCAGCCGAUUCCAACGUUUUUGGGCAAGCUGGGUUCUACGUUGCAAACUCUAGUCCUCAGGGAAAAUGGGCAUGUUGGUCCCAUUCCUAGUGAACUAGCAAACCUUACUCGGUUAAGGGUCCUUGAUCUUCACAAGAACAAUCUCAAUGGUUCGAUUCCAGUUUCAUUAGGCCGGAUCACUGGCCUAAGGUCGUUGGAUUUGAGUGGGAACAAGUUAACCGCUUCAAUUCCUGGUUUUAGCUACCCAGUUUUGAAUGUUUUGGACCUUAGCCAAAAUCUUCUAAUGGGUCCAAUCCCAUCAAGCCUUGGGUCAUGCCAGUCUUUAGUUAAAAUGGAUUUUAGCCACAAUAGUCUAACUGGCUCAAUACCCGAUUCAGUUGGUGGGCUAAAGGACCUCAUGCUUAUGGAUAUGAGCUAUAAUCGCUUGUCCGGCCCAUUUCCUAUAUCACUAAGAAGCUUAACUUCCCUCCAAGCUUUGAUUCUCAAAGGCAACCAAAUGGGAUCAACAGCCAUUCCCAGUGAUUGCUUUGACGGAAUGAAGAGUUUAAUGAUCCUAGUUUUAUCAAACAUGAAUUUACAUGGUCUGAUCCCUGCGUCAAUAGGUCGGUUACCGAACCUCCGGGUCGUUUACCUUGAUGGAAACCGCUUCAAUGGUUCAAUUCCCAGCAACUUUAGAGACUUGAAGCAUGUUAGUGAACUAAGGCUGAAUGAUAAUUACUUGACUGGACCAGUUCCAUUUGGAAGACAAAUGGUUUGGAAGAUGAGAAGAAAGCUUAAGCUUAACAACAAUUCAGGAUUAUGUUAUAAUGCAAAUAGUGGUCUUGAAGAUGCCUUGGAUACAUCCUUUGAUACAGGCAUUGGUUUGUGUGAUACACCUAAACCUGGUUCAGCAAGGACAGUGCAGCACUUAUCCACCAUGAAUGAAGAAGAUAUGACAAGAACAACAAAUGUAUCAUCUGGAGCAGUUCAUAAGACUUUAGUUUCUGUUAGAUUGUUUCAGUUAACAGCAUUACUUUUGUUCAUUUUGCUGUUUCUGUAAGGGAAAAGAAGGCUUGUAAAUCACAGUUCUUUGUACGUCUUAGUUGGCCUCAUAAAUGAAUCAAUUGUUGUUUGUUGAGGGAAA